CAUUAUGACGGGUGGUAGACGACGAAGUUGAUAAGAAGAGUGCUCGUGGUGUUGCUUGCUGGCAGGGUAGCGGAAUCCGUCCAUAUAUCAUCGAACACUAUGGAUGAAGAACAUGUGUCCGAAAUGGCAAUGCAACACAUUGCCGACGAGGAACAUGCCGCCGAGUAAGUACCCAAUACCCAUCGCAGUUGCCAACUUAGAAAGCGAUGUAAAUGAACACAAGGGGCAGAAGCGAAGGGACAAUAACUUUUCAUUCAGGCAGAGACGCAAAAAGAACGUCAGGGUUGCUGUGGGUGUCACAACCGCGCUCUUGGUCGUCGCCACCGUUUUCAGCGUGGCAUUGUACCAGGUGCUGGGGAAAAGCACGGAAGAAGGCAUCCCUGGCGGAGAAGAAGAAGCUGUUCGUGAAACAACGAAAGACACGUCCGGAGCCGCAACGGAGACAAUUAUCACCGGCUUAUUCACCCCCGGUGGCGUGACAGGUAAAAAUGGCAGCACUGCACGGUCAACGACUCCGCCAACAAGCAUGCCACGGCGACCUCUUCUGUGCACCCUGGGUAGUCACGCGCUUCUACCUCAACAGUAUCCACCCGACGGCUUGUGCCAUUUACUGUUCUACACCCACGUCAUUUUCGACAACGGCCACUUCGCUCCUGUUGAGAGUCCGGGCAGUUGGAGACUCUUCCAGCAGAUGGCAGGGGCUUCCACUGCAACCCACUAUGGUAUAUCCUUCGACUUUGGAGCCAUUGAUAAUCUGCAAACCGCACUGAGCGGAAAAGCUGGUCAGGAAGAUUUCGCCGCCUUGUUUCAUGGGAAGAUCCAACACCACGGGACCCUCAAUGUCGUUGGAAAUAAGACCUAUUUGCAGCAGGCCAUGAGUCGCCUGAAGACGAUCCUGCCGUUAGUCGUGGGCCUCCACUCUCUGAACACCGCGGAUUCGAACAAGCAGAGCUACAUAGUCAUUGGCGUGGAAAUGACAAACCCAUUGGCGGACGGGAGCUACCUGUCCCCGACGCUUCACGAAGCUGCCAAGACAUUUGCGAAUAUUCUACUGGUACGAACUCACGUCUCAUCGUGGGACAUGAAGGAAGACAAGGGCACGGCAGGUGCUUCUAUGUGGAUAAAUUCCAGAGGAAUUGGGAAACACGAUCUGAAUUCAACAUUGUCAGCUAUCCAGGACUUGUCAAGACCACCACACCAAUGCAUAGUCAUGAUGUCUAUGACGCUGGCGGUGGCAUCAUUCCACAUGGGCCGAUCUGAACAUCUAAUCGACAGAGACACAUCUAGCAGCAAGCCAAUGAACUUUGGUCUUGUCGACUUCAACAAGGCGUGCAUGUCUUCAGUAACUGAAACCAAAGUUGUGGAACCGGAAAAAAUCGUUCUAGGUGCAGACCCCCAAGAACAGCAGCAAAUAAUUUACGAGUCUGAGGACACAAUGAUCGCUAAGGUGCGACUUGUGCACGAGAAACACCAAGACCGUCCCAGCGGAAUUCUCGAUGUCAGCUGGGCCUUAUUUGACGUUGACUACGGAGACUACAGUGGCGCUUGCGGCAGAGGAACAAGUUUCAGUCGCCUCGAAGCUGUGCGUCGCGAAAUGGACAAAAUUUCCCCAGCACGUUAAUAGUAACUAUUGAUCAAUAACGAAAUUAAAGAGAAGUUUCCUCUUGU